AUGGCCACGGCUAUUACUGUCCACAAGCUCGACGAGGGCACUAAUUCGGAUGAAAUUAGUCAUGAAUACCUGGGCGAGCGCACCGAAGAUGACGCGGAAAUGGCCGGAGAGCUUGUGGCGAACAGCAUUUCAGACAAGGGUUGGAUUACAGCGCUGUCAGUAGCCGUGUUCGACCAAAAAGCAGACGAUGUGGCCGACCAAUGCGAGGAUAACCUGCCUUUGAACGAAUUUCAGUCGGACCUUGAUGCAUAUUUCAGCGCCCUUAUACCUCAGUCACGACCCCUUCAACAUGGAGCAUCGUCCAAGAGUGCAAAGUCUUUUGGAAUCUCGAUGAGUAGCAAGAAAUCUCGUCGCGCAGCACCUACGCUAGAAAAGGACGGCCUCAGGGCGUUGCUACCGCUGCCAUGGAGGUUUGCAAGCAGACCGGAACACAAGGGACAGGGGUUCACUAGUCGAACUCACAAAUACCUACCUUUCCCUGUGGCACGUUACCUUGAAGGAAAUAUGCCGCAUGUGUUCCAAAAGGCCUAUGAACCCAACAAAGUCGACGUAGGGAGCGUGUUGCCUCCUCUUGCCGGCUUCUCACCUCUCCCGCGGUCAGAAGAGUGGAUGGCGGUAUUCUUGAGGACAAGGCCGAUGUGGGUUAUACCCGUUGAUGGCAUACUACCGUGGGCGGAUGCCUCGAGUGGCGAGAUGCGACUUGACGAAACUUGCGUCGACUACAAUAUUUUACAUCCCGUAGAGGAUCAGCACGACAAGAUAGUGUGGAACCCAGAGCUCUUGCGCGGCUUUUGGGACUUUUUGUUGACCCACCGUGACAAGGGCACGGUCGGACCACUGUCCUUUGCUUACGCGGUUGCCGGCUGGUACAAAAAGGAAGGGUUGGACCUACCAGACUGCAUCAUGGUUCGCUGCAAUGCCGAAGUGGCCCUAAGGGUCCGCAGCUUACUCUCCACGUACUAUAUUGAGUACACCCCAACUGAGGUUCAUCCUGACGACGGGUGCGACGACUGCAAAAGAUCGAUUGGAGCCACAGCCAAAGGCAGACUCUUGGACCUGCGAAACGUAGUAGCCCCUCUUCGGCGACCAAGAAUGGUCCUCCUGGCAGAAGAUCACACGCCUCUCCUGAUGGCAUAA